CUAGGGUAUAAAGACCUGCCGAGCUGGCCAGUGUUCGGUCACACAUUCUUCAACGCAUCUUGCACAUACAGCUAGGUGUACCUGAGACAGUUUAACAGUACCACGGAAGAUGCCUGAAACUACUGUACCGGCUUGCGAGAACGCAUCAUCAGAUGCACCAGAAUGGUUGAACGACAAGUACGUGGAGAAGAUGUUACGCUGUGCGUUUAAGGAUACAUCGAUAAAGGUUCGCCAACUGGAUAUAUACUACGCCGUACCGAAGGGUAACAACUUCGCUAGCAUCAUCUUCCGUAUCGGUGUUACGUACCACUCCAAGCAACAGUACGAAAUCACACGCACCUUCAUCGUGAAGGGCAUGAUCACGGAGGGGAUCGCGGGCGAGAAGCUACGCCAGUACGACGUUCAGCGCAAGGAGAUGGACGUCUACCAGUUUGUCAUUCCCGAGCUGAAGCUUAUGAUGAAAUCGAUCGGCGAGCCGGGCGAACUCUAUCCAACCGCACUGAUAGUGGAUCGCAAGCGGGAGGCGAUCAUAUUUAAGGACCUUGCACCGGAAGGCUACCGGAUGGUGGAUCGAACGCAGGGCAUGGACAUGGUCCACAUGAAGAUGGCCAUCAAGCUGAUGGCGAAGAUGCAUGCCGGGUCGCUGAAGCUGCAACAGCAGCAACCAACCAUUUUCAAACCCUACAACAUGUCGAUCGUAACGCGCGAGUCGGACGCCUUCUAUCCAAUGUUUGUACACAUCUUCGAGGCGCUCGUGGACGAGGUUGGCAAGUGGGGCUCGGAAUGGGAGUACUAUCACGCGAAGCUGCAGCAGCUGGCACCUAACUUUGUCGAGUACUCACAGCGCGUCAUCGACAAUGAUCCUGCCAGCGAUGAUCUGUGCGUGUUCGUGCAGGGUGAUCUGUGGGUGAACAACUUCCUGUACCGGUAUGACGCGCAGGGUAAGCCGAUUGACGCAGUGCUGCUAGAUUUUCAGUACUGCUACUACGGUUCACCGAUGAUCGACUUUUGCUACCUGUACUAUACCUCGGCCCGGGAUGACAUUCGGCAGAGUUGCUUCGACGAGCUGCUGCAGUACUACUACUACGAGCUGACGGGCUUCGCCGGCCGAUUACAGUACGCUGGCAAGCUGCCAACGCUUUACCAGUUCUUGCAGCAGGCGUACCGAAAAAUGUUCUACGCGGUAUACUCCACCUUCAUCGCACUACCGGUACAGAUGAACGAAAAUACCGAAAAUGCCGAUUUCGAUGCGUUGAUGUGCAGCGAUGAGCGGGCCCACAACUUCAAGCGCAUGGUAGUGGCGAACGUCAAAUAUCACGCCAUUCUGCGCGGUCUACUACCACAGUUCGAUCGGAAGGGAUUGCUGGACAAGCUGGACUAGCUGCCAGGAUCACCAAGCUCUUUUAUAUAAAGUUCCAAUAAACACCAACUUUGUGGGGAGUUAUACGCUCCAAAAAAAAGACAACGAAACCGACCCCCAAAAAAGGGUUUGGCCGGAAAUCCCGCACUGAUUACAUGCCCGAACCACCCAAACCCCGAACUGAUUAGCUAAGCAAUGUCUGCUGAGGUGAAUUGAAUUAUUGAUAAGAGCAAACCAAAUAAAUAGACCAAAUGGACUCCAAGAAAAUUGAUAACGAACCGUGCGUGCGGAACAUCAAAAUUGACAAAUCUGUUCGAACAUUUGAUCUGAGACCUGCUUCUACCUUUGGAAUAAAUAUCAAUGACCUACUAACUUUAA